UUGGUUCAGCCCCCCGGCUCGCUCGACCUCGUGCACGAUAAUCCUUCCUCAUAUCUUCUGUGCCUUCCCCCAUAUCUUCCAAUCCUCCUCCAAACCAUAUCCCCGUAGUUCGCCUAAUAAUGGAGCCCGCAGGCCUCGCCGUCGGCAUCGCCGGCCUCGCCGGCCUCUUCAGCGCCUCCGUCGACUGCUUCGAAUACGUGCAGUUUGCCAAGAACUUCGACCAAGACCUCGUAACCUCGCAGCUCAAACUCGACGCCGCAGGCUUCCGGCUCUCACGCUGGGGCGAAGCAAUCCGCAUCCAUGACCACGCCACUGCUUCGUUGCCAGAGGACCGCUACAAGCGCGCCGAGAAGAUCCUGACCGAUCUCUGCAAUCUGUUUGUCCAAGGGCAGGAGAAAUCUGAGAUCUUUGGGGAUUCUAGUACCGCAACGUAUGAUCCCGGCGCGGACAUGUCGCCAGCGCAAUUAUUUGUCCACUCGGGGAUAAUCACGAAGACGCGGAAACGGGUGGAGCGACAACGCCCUAACUUCUUAAAGAGAACCAAGUGGGCUCUAUAUAAGAAGAAAGAGCUGGCCAGCCUCAUCGACGAUAUCGCGGCUCUGGUCUCUCAGCUUGAGCUGAUAUUACUGCCGGGUCAGGAGCCGGCACAGACGCUUCAGCGCGUAGCAGAGCUGGACGCCGCUGAGAUCACCGAGGUCGCGGAAACCCAAGCAUCUGCAGGAGCGAUCACAACGCUCGAUGUGGCAGAGACGCUGGGGGAUGCUGCGGAGGGACUGGAUCCGUAUCUCGAAGAGGCGGUCAAGAAACUGGUUGAGGGGUUGAGACCGGAGAAGGAAGGUAAGGGGACGACGUAUAGCAUUAGGCAGACGGGCAACACGGGAAAUGUCGCGGCGCAUAACGCGGGUACGCAGACAUAUUACGGAGGGGGCGUUAAGGGUGGAGGUGCUUAGAUGAACGGCAUUUGUGUGCAGACUUUUGCGCAGCAUAGGCCCAGAACGAAUGCCACGUGCUAGGACGGUUGUUUUCUUUGCGCUGAGGUCUACGGAAAGAGACGCCUAUGCGGAACAUAUCUACUGUCGCCAUUCUCCUGCAUCUGCGCCCACUCCCGACGCUGUUUCAUAGACCGUUGCUGCUCAUGGACCGUGGACAUGGCCGGUAGCAGGCCCGUGGAAGGUUCUUUGCGUACCUAGGUAUCGCCUACCGGGCUAUGUCGCUACAUCUUCCAGGUGAACCUCUCCCACCGAGUAUUUGAUUGUGCCAAAAGCUGUAUCGGUACGAUAGGCGGCAAGCAGUAUGUCCCGCCCGGCUUCGGGACC